GAGACGCACAGGCACACUAUCACAAGACCUCCCCAUCUGAUGCCAAUCAGCGCUGUGAGCAACACGGGAAUCAUGCCUGUACCAAGGAAAGCAGGAAGAAAAAACAGCAAUGCUCCAGAAGAGAAGCUGCCGCCAUAUGAUCCAAAUCUUCCUGAGCCCACCACCAGGGCUGACUUCAUACAACAUUGGUUGCCCACCUCUCUUGAUGAUAAAACUGCACAGAAACUGUUGUGGAUUUCAGAAGGCGGGUCAAAGGUGGCCCGUACAUCAGAGGCCGUCUGCCCAUAUCCCAACAGGCCUGAGAGAUAUGAACACUCUCCACAGGUGCUGUGUAAGGAGGGUCUGAUGGGCUAUCGAGGGUACUGGGAGGUGGACUACGAUGGCUGGGUGGUCAUUGGGGUCUUGUUUGAGUCCGCGCCUCGGAAGGGCCAUGACGCUCGUGGCCCCUGCGGUCUCGGGGAGAACAGUGUCUCCUGGGGCGCCGGCUGGUCUGGAUCCUGUUACCAGGUCUGGCACAACAGCGAGAACGUGGAUGUCCAGCUCCCCCUGACCUCCACUAUGGGCGUGUACGUCGAUCAGCCCGCUGGCAUUAUCAAGUUCCUCAUAGUGGAAGGAGAGGGUGAGAAUAAGGAGGUCCGGCUGAUUCACAAGUUCAAGGCCAAAAUCACAGAGAAGAUUUGCCCCGGGUUCUGGGUUGGAACAAAUUCCUUCUGCCUUAUCCGGAAAAAGGAUCAGUGACACAGAGGAGGAUUGAGCAUGAAGCGGAUAUUGGGUGCGGGGGACGAUGUUUGGGGAACAAGUGUUGGAGUUGCAGCACGUUGUGACAUCUUUGUAGUUUGCUUUCUCUGGUUGCAUGACGAAAGGUUAUUCAUCUCAUAUUAUAUCCCAGAUGGCUACUUAUUUAAUUGACAAUUGUUUAUCUUUUAUUGUAUUUUAUUUAACUUAGUAUUUUAGUCUAGGUCUCGUACAUUUUUGUAACAAGCAGGACUGUAUUAUAGUGCUUGUGUAACUUGAGAGCCUGCUUCUUUUUUAUGUGCCGAAUGUAGUAAUAAAUUAAACUAUUGUGUAAUAACA